CCUGUGGCAGACACGGACAGACGAAGGGAGUUAGUUAUUGCGUCUCCAGUAGGACCGUUACUUCACCGCUGUUCUUGUUGCUCUUGAUUAUCUGAACUCGGAUGAAACGUUACACAGAGUGAACAUGAUAUUAUUUUCUCAUCAGCUUUUCAUCCUCCUAUGGAUUGUUGUCACAGGGGUUGAGUCCAACAACACCGCUCCUGGCACACAUGACAGUCCUGGGCUCACAGAUACAUCCAUGACCCCAGGAGAUAGAUCCACCACCCCCUUAUCCACAAAUGCCCCAGACUCUACUGAACCCAGCUCCACCACCACAGACAGAGCCACCAUCACCACCCAGGACCCCUCAACUGUCCUCCCUAGCACUGAUGGCACCUCACCCACAACAGCGGCCAUCUCUAAAACUGAAGAGGUCUCUACUACAACAGACCUGACCUCAACUUCUGAUACGACAGAGACUAAGAGAGCAGUCGGCACCACUGCGACAGAAACAAGAAUUACCUCGUCGGUCAGCACAGCAAGGUUGACUUCCUCCCACAAGACCACAGCGUACACUGUCACUUCCCCUGAGUCGACCGAAAAAGACAGUCCGUCUACAGACAGUGACAUGACAACACCCACCACCACACCUGCCCUUAGCAGAGGUGACUCUACGUCUACCAUGGAACAUACAGGCCGUACCUCAGCUGAUGUUCCCACAGAGUCAAACACAACAGCAGACAUUAUUCCAACCAGCAGUACCACUGAUACAGGUACACAUGAAACAACAGCUAUCAACACAGCUACCACAGAUACAGGUACCACAGAUACAGGUACACAUGAAACAACAGCUAUCAACACAGCUACCACAGAUACAGGUACACAUGAAACAACAGCUAUCAACACAGAUACCACAGAUACAGGUACACAUGAAACAACAGCUAUCAACACAGAUACCACAGAUACAGGUACACAUGAAACAACAGCUAUCAACACAGAUACCACAGAUACAGGUACACAUGAAACAACAGCUAUCAACACAGCUACCACAGAUACAGGUACACAUGAAACAACAGCUAUCAACACAGAUACCACAGAUACAGGUACCACAGAGACAGGCACACAUGAAACAACAGCUAUCAACACAGAUACCACAGAUACAGGUACCACAGAUACAGGUACCACAGAGACAGGCACACAUGAAACAACAGUUAUCAACACAGCUACCACAGAUACAGGUACACAUGAAACAACAGCUAUCAACACAGAUACCACAGAUACAGGUACCACAGAGACAGGCACACAUGAAACAACAGCUAUCAACACAGAUACCACAGAUACAGGUACCACAGAGACAGGCACACAUGAAACAACAGUUAUCAACACAGCUACCACAGAUACAGGCACACAUGAAACAACAGUUAUCAACACAGCUACCAGAGAUACAGGUACACAUGAAACAACAGCUAUCAACACAGAUACCACAGAUACAGGUACACAUGAAACAACAGCUAUCAACACAGAUACCACAGAUACCACAGAUACAGGAACACAUGAAACAACAGUUAUCAACACAGCUACCACAGAUACAGGUACACAUGAAACAACAGCUAUCAACACAGAUACCACAGAUACAGGAACACAUGAAACAACAGCUAUCAACACAGAUACCACAGAUACAGGUACACAUGAAACAACAGCUAUCAACACAGAUACCACAGAUACAGGUACCACAGAGACAGGCACACAUGAAACAACAGCUAUCAACACAGAUACCACAGAUACAGGUACCACAGAUACAGGUACCACAGAGACAGGCACACAUGAAACAACAGUUAUCAACACAGCUACCACAGAUACAGGUACACAUGAAACAACAGCUAUCAACACAGCUACCACAGAUACAGGUACACAUGAAACAACAGCUAUCAACACAGAUACCACAGAUACAGGUACACAUGAAACAACAGCUAUCAACACAGAUACCACAGAUACAGGUACCACAGAGACAGGCACACAUGAAACAACAGCUAUCAACACAGAUACCACAGAUACAGUGACUGAUGGCUCCACGUCCUCAUCCCCCACCGCUACCAUUACAGGGAGCCCUCAUACAGACAAAACCACUGGAACAGAGGGGACUACCGAUUCUACAACCACAGCUGGCACUCCAGCUUUGCCCCCCACCUCCGGCUCUUCCUCCAGCCCACCCUCUCCAGGCUCAACCCAAACCCCAGGCAGCAGCACUGCUGCCCCCGUAGACACCUCCACCAUCACCCCUGCCCCCUCACCCACCAUCACACCUACAGGAGAAACCCCUGGGCAACCAACUAGCAAAACUAGUGAGAGCCCACUUCCUCCUUUCCACACCUCCACCUCCCCUACCGGUGGAAGCACCACCCAGCCAGAGUCAGCCAUCACUGCUACCACAUCCCUGCCUCCACCCAUCUCCAUAGUGUGUCCCUCCUCUCCCUGUCCUUAUGAUAGCAUCUGUCUCAACGGCACCUGCCAGUGUAUGUCUGGGACCUUCCUCUUAGAGGGCCGCUGUGUACAAGCCCAAGUCUUCUCUGGAGACCUGCAUCUCAACCAGACUUUUCAGGCUGAAAUGAGCAACCGGUCAUCAGGGAUAUUUCAGCAAACAGCAGCCAGGAUCUCAGAGGCACUGAGAAGAGCCUUGGAAAACGAGUCUGGAUACAGCCAAACUGAUGUUGUGCUGCUUCGGCGAGGCAGUGUGAUCGCGACCGUGAACAACGUGUUUAAACUAGGCUCCAGUGCCACCCGGACUUCGACCAAUGUCGCUAUAGAGAAAGCCAUACAAGCCUGUGGGACGACCUGUGGGACCAUACUGCAGAGAGCUACAUUUAACGCCACUGACCUAUGUGAUCAGACCCCCCAACCGUGUGAGGUCCGCUCUACCACGUGCGAGUACAAAGAAGAUGGAGUGACCAGAUGCUCCUGUAAGGCUGGCUACAUCAACAGCUUCUACUCAAACCAAAGCUGCACAGCCUGUCCCAGUGGUCAAAGGUCAGAGGGAGACACAUGUGUGCCAUGCGCGUUUGGCUACGCUGGAUUCAACUGCACUGACUCGGCUCUGUUGGCAGUGGUGGUCAUUGCCUGUGUACUGGGGGGAGUCCUCCUCAUCAUGCUGCUGGGCCUGCUUGCAUACUGCUGCUGGUACUGGUCGCAGUCGGUGAAGAAGCCUUCAGCAGAGUUCAGCAGCCCGUACCCUGUGGAGGACUUCCAGGGCCCCUGGUCCACCUCCCAGGGCAUCACCCCCAUCCCCCGGGCCAGCACCAACUGGGCUUCAGCCCCCAUGGAGAUGACCGAGGGGGGCAGCACACACAACCUGGUCGACAUGAAGCCCCACACCAACGGAGCGGGAUUCCACAUUCUGCCUAAACGGGGGAAGAAGACCGGGUCGUAUGACCUGACCUCAGACAGCAUGAACACGUUCAAGGGGAAGAACCCGUCUCGCUACUCCUACCUGGUGCAGGGCCACGAGAACCCUUACUUCAAACCUGCAGAUGAGAGGAGACCCAUAUGAUAACCCUUACUUCAAACCUGCAGAUGAGAGGAGACCCCGUAUGAGAACCUCAAUAACGUCUGGAGACAUUGGCCCGUACUCACAAUGCGUCUCCGAGCAGAAAUGCUGAUCUAGGAUCAUUUUUUGCCUUCUUAAAUCAUGACUAAAAAGGGGAGACCUGAUCCUAAAUCAGCACUUCAGAGAGAGGAGGGAAGGCUACAGGGAAGGUGGGGGGGGGGUAAUGGCAUUGGCUAAAGACAUGGCUAAAGAUCAAAUUGAGAAGUCACUGACUUCUAGUAACUCUGGGUAUUGGUACAUCCUCUCACUGUAUUUCUUUUGAAUUGUGUAGAACUUUUCCUUUGCAUCAGGGUAUUCGGAUAGAUGCUAUGUACUGUCUAGGGCAUCUGGAGUCAUUCAUGGUUUACAGUCGUUCAUGGACUGGAGUCCUUCAUGGUUUAAUGACACAACUACAAGGGACUUGACAGCAGGGUUUUUUAAAUAUGUUCUUCUGGAAUCCAUUCUCAAAGUCAGCUUUAUGAUUCAGAACGAUUUGGACUCCAACAUGCAUUGACUUCACAGGGAUUCACUUCAAUAACUGACCCCACCAAAAGAGGAUUGUGUUCACUACAAAUCCAUGGUUUACUUUUGAAACGUUCCGUUCAUCUGAUCAUGGUCUUUUAUCCUGUUCUGCAAUACAAGAACAAAGAUUUGUAAAAAAAAAAAAAUGUUUUUAUUUAAAAUGUUCUUAUUUGUGUCCAUUAGGCUGUGUUUAGACUGGCAGCUCAAAUCAGAUAUUUUUUCUCUUUUGAAAAAAUAUCUGGUGUGAAAAGAUCGGAUGUGGUUGGUCAAAAGACCGGAUUUUUGGACUGCCUUAAACGCAGCCUUAUUGAAUGAAGAGGGAGCUGAAUAUAGCUUGUCAUAGCCAGUAGUUGUCCCCAUUGUUCAGGGUCAAGAUUUUCAUGUUUUGUUUUUUCCUUCUACAGUAUCCUGCUACAUUUAGUUACCUGGAUGUCUACGUCUUAUUGAAGAGAUUACUGAUAUAUUUUAGAUUGGUCAUUCUGCAUUGUAGUUUCUCACACUCAACGUAGUAUUCCAAAGUGAUUCAUCUAUUGCUAUUUGCACUAAAUUAUGUAUUUGCUUUACACUACAUGUGAUUUGUUUGGGUGGGGGGAAUCAUAGACACAUUCUCAGUGAGAGCAAAUGUUUUUCUAUAUUUUUACUUUAGGAUUGAUUGUGUUUUCAUGACGAGAGCUGUGUGUGUGAAGCGCUGAAGGAGCUGGAUCCCUAGUUCAGGGGUUUAUACAGUAAAGGGAUAUUUUGUAUUAGUCUGGUCUGGAGCGGAGUAGACCUACUCUACAGUCUAUUAGUCUGGCCUGGAGCUGAGUAGACCUACUCUACAGUCUAUUAGUCUUGGCCUGGAGCUGAGUAGACCUACACUACAGUCUAUUAGUCUGGCCUGGAGCUGAGUAGACCUACUCUACAGUCUAUUAGUCUGGCCUGGAGCGGAGUAGACCUACUCUACAGUCUAUUAGUCUGGCCUGGAGCUGAGUAGACCUACACUACAGUCUAUUAGUCUGGCCUGGAGCUGAGUAGACCUACACUACAGUCUAUUAGUCUGGCCUGGAGCUGAGUAGACCUACACUACAGUCUAUUAGUCUGGCCUGGAGCUGAGUAGACCUACACUACAGUCUAUUAGUCUGGCCUGGAGCUGAGUAGACCUACACUACAGUCUAUUAGUCUGGCCUGGAGCUGAGUAGACCUACACUACAGUCUAUUAGUCUGGCCUGGAGCUGAGUAGACCUACUCUACAGUGUAUUAGUCUGGCCUGGAGCUGAGUAGACCUACACUACAGUCUAUUAGUCUGGCCUGGAGCUGAGUAGACCUACUCUACAGUCUAUUAGUCUGGCCUGGAGCUGAGUAGACCUACUCUACAGUCUAUUAGUCUGGCCUGGAGCUGAGUAGACCUACACUACAGUCUAUUAGUCUGGCCUGGAGCUGAGUAGACCUACUCUACAGUCUAUUAGUCUGGCCUGGAGCUGAGUAGACCUACUCUACAGUCUAUUAGUCUGGCCUGGAGCUGAGUAGACCUACACUACAGUCUAUUAGUCUGGCCUGGAGCUGAGUAGACCUACACUACAGUCUAUUAGUCUGGCCUGGAGCUGAGUAGACCUACACUACAGUCUAUUAGUCUGGCCUGGAGCUGAGUAGACCUACACUACAGUCUAUUAGUCUGGCCUGGAGCUGAGUAGACCUACACUACAGCCUAUUAGUCUGGCCUGGAGCUGAGUAGACCUUCAUCCUCUGUUAUUAGUACCUUCCCUGCUGAAGCUGCCUGCAUCUGCAAAUGUGCCUGUUUUGAUUGGUCUUUUUGAAGAAUAGGAAAAUUAUGCAAAAAAUAAAAAAUAAACUCUCGACAAAG